UUAAAACGUCAAAGAGCACACUACUGGAAGCUAUAGAGCAGCGUUUCAGUCACAUCUACACAGAGUCCCUGUUUUUUCUCGCCACAGUCUUGGACCCAAGGUAUAAGGACUGCUAUUUUGACCAAGCAACAAAAAGGGAAGCAAUAGAAGCAUUGAAUGAUAAAAUGAGAUGUGCAGCACCAGCAAAAGAUGUAGAAGAGCCAAAGGAGAAGAAAACCAAGACAACAACAGAUGACAACAACAAUGUUUCCCUGCUGACAAUGUAUGAAGAAAUCCUUCAAGAAAACAACACAAAAGAGCUGAACCAAAGCAAAACAGAUCAGCAGAUAAAAGCCUAUCUCUCAGAGCCCACAAUUCCUCGAUCGGAGAGCCCCAUGGACUACUGGAGAAGCAACAAAGCCCGGUUCCCAGAACUUGCCUCACUCGCACGGAAGUACCUGUCAGCGCCUUGCACAAGCAUAGACAGUGAACGUUUAUUUUCUGCCGCUGCAAAUGUUAUCGAUGAAAAACGAAACCGACUUGGAUGUGACAAAGCAGAGAUGCUUCUGUUUGUCAAGAAAAAUCUCCCACUGAUGCCCUCACCUAGAAAAUAGAAAAGACAAUGUAGACAAUGACAAGUCCAGAUUAAGAAAUGUUGAGA